GGAUUUGUCAAGAAAAUUACCUUCAACAAAAAGAGCGACGUAAUGCGGAAGGAAAUUUUAAUCAAAACAAAAAGUUGAUUUCCUCCUAGAAUAAGCUGUUUCAAUCAAAUCUUAAGGGAUUAAUUGGAUGUAUUUAUAAAAAUCUAACAUGGACAUUUCAGAACCAACCAAAAACCUUCCAACCGUGUUAGCAGAUAAACUUUCAAGUCAUCUUACCUGUCCGAUUUGUGGGCGAUUAUACUCAGAACCUGUAAUAAGCAUUAAAUGUGGUCAUACGUUUUGUAAGAAAUGCGCUUUCUCUGCUUCAAAUUGCCCUGUCGAUGGUAACCAAUGUGACACCACACAGCUUGUAGUAAACAGAUUAGUUGUUGGCCAGAUAGAAGACCUACUGAUUUUUUGUCAAUAUGGAGUAAUGAAACAAAAUGGAGACUUUGUUUCUGAUCCAAGUGGAUGCCAAGAAAAAAUCCAAAUUGGUAAGAGAAGUGAACAUGAAUCUCAAUGUUCAUUUGCACCUUUACCCUGCCCUAAUAGUGAGGUUCACUGUGGGAGAUUUCGUAAAUCAGAGUUAGAAUCUCAUACAGAAGUUUGUCCUUAUCUACCUUGUAGUCAUGGAAUCAAAGGAUGUGAGUUUACGGGUACAAAAGACCAAAUAUCAGAACACUUGAAUCACUGUGGUUAUAGAGGAUUACAGAAUAGUGUUAGCAUUAAAGAUUUUAAUCUACAGACCAGACUUUUAGAAGAAAAUAAUAAGGAACUAAGAGAUCAUGUAAAUGUAUUAGAGAACAAAGUGGUACUGUUAGAGGGAAGUAAAACAUCUAUACAAACACAGCUAGAAACUUGUGUCAGAGAAAUUACAUCAUUACAAUCAAAAUAUGACAACCUACAGUCCACUCUUGACCAGCUGAUGUCUGGAAGGAAUAGAAGAUCAAUAACUUCCCCGGGAAAUACAGGAGAUUACAGUCUUAGGUCAAGGUCAAACAGUUCUAGUAAUUUAAGAUAUGAAAGGCCUAGUUCAUUUGGUGGCACUAAACGAAGUCCCUCCAGUUCUAUCAGAGAAGAACACUGGCAGAUGCCCUUUGUAUUUAAAUGUAUAGGUACUUUGAAAGGUCAUAAAGAUAUAGUAUGGUGCCUUGCUACUAAACGAUAUAAAGUAUUUAGCUCUGGAUCUGAUAGUACUAUUAAAGUUUGGGACAUGGAAAACUUAGCUAAAGGUUGUAUCAAAACCAUGGAAGGCCAUACAGGAACAGUACAUUCAAUGGCAGUUCAUGAAGACAGUUUAUAUUCAGCUGGAGACGAUAGAUCUAUUAGGGUGUGGAAUGCUAAGACAUUUGAGGAAGAAAAAUGUGUUGAAAAUGCUCAUGAUAAUAUUAUAAGUGCUAUGAUAGUAGCCGGAGAGUAUUUAUUCACCUCAACAUUUUCAUUAAUAAAGGUCUGGGAAAUCAGAAGUCUAACAUUUAAAACAGUUAUAUCUGGAUUACACCAUUGGGUUAGAGCUCUAGCUUUAUCUAUGUCUAAGGACAGUUUAUUUAGUGGAUCUCAUAACACUAUAGAUAUAUGGAAUACAGUAGAACCAUUUAAUCUGAAGGGGAAAAUUGACCAUACAUUUGGAUCAGUCUAUUCCAUUACUGUAACACCAAAAUAUGUUGUGGCUGGUUUUUCCCAAGGCACAUAUAACCAGAGUAUACAGCUGUUUUGUUGUGAUAGUUAUCAGCAUAUGCAGACUUUGUCAGGACACAUAGGAACCAUUCACAGCCUAAUUACCUCCCUUUCUGGGCGCUUCCUUUUCUCGGCAUCUGUUGAUAAAAGCAUACAGGUUUGGGAUUUAGAGAACAUGCUUCCUAUACAGACAUUACAGCGACAUGAUGGUAGUGUUAAUACAGUGAUAGUAGUAGGAGAUUUUAUGUUAUCAGGGUCAGAGGAUAAAGAAAUAAAGGUUUACAGAUACUUCCAGAUGCAGAUGGGAUUUGCAUUGCAGGGUGUUACAUAAGGGAUGUUUGGAAUAUAACCUUAUGUUUGGUGCUGUGAUAUUGUUCUUUGUAUGAUAGUAUAUUGAGUAUCACAUGACAGAUUGGAUCUUAAUAAAGUUACUAGUCAUUACGAUUAUGCAAUAAAAAAUUAUAGUCACAUGACUUUGACUUCUAAAGAACAACAAAAAAAUUGAUGCAAGGGCUGUAUAGUCAGUCAUGGUCGUUAAAUACUUCCAUCGUCAUCAUGGUUGCAUUUGUUGUAAUAUCACUGAAAAAAAAUGUUUCCAUUUGCAAUUAUAGUUUGAAUGGUGUGUGUUUUAAAUUGAAAAUCCUUUUUAAAACUUAGUCAUCAUCAUAAAUUAGAAAAAAUUUCCUAAAUUUAUUGUUGGAAAAAUUACCAAUGAAGACUAAAAACUUAUUUUGGUUGUUAUCAGUUUUGCCUUGGCAUUGUCAGUUUGUGUUUUUCGCUUAUGAAUUUUAUAUUCCUUUUUUAUUUUUUAUGCUUUUUUAAAAACUCUUCAAAACAGAAGUAUAUAUCUUAUUAGGAUUUGGUUACAGCAUAUUGAUUGAAUUAUAAUUGAAAAAUGAUUAUUUAUAGAUUAACAUUCAAUCUAUCUAUCAAAACUUAUAUCAGAUACUAGUGCUAGUGUAUGGAGGCAAGUUUAAGAAUUUUUAUGUCCUUGCCAUGUUGUAGGGCAUUAUUUUUUUCUGGUCUGUGCAUCUGUCUCUUUAGCCAUUUGUUUUCCAUUCGUCCAUCAUAUAUCGUUUAGAUUUUUAUCAAUGCAGUUAACCAUGAAAAUGUGGUCAAGUCAACUUGAAACUCAGUUCACAUGUUCAUUUAUAUGAUAAUGAUAUGAAAUUAUAAAAUUGAAUGCCAAAAACAGUAUUGACCCUAAUUUCCAUGUUAACGGAAGAAAGACAUGUGAUAGUAAGAAACCAGUACAUUCUCAAGUUAAAGUUAUUGAUUUCAACUUGAGGCUUAGUACACAUAUGCAAUAUAAUGGGAACUUUUUUUGUGCAAAAUUAUAGAUUAUAGAAAUUAUAGAUUUUGCCCAGAUUUCAUAGGUUAAUGAACAAAGAAAAUGAUGGAGGACAGUUGGGCAUGGUACCCUAUAGCUAUAGACACCAGCUCAAUAAGAAGCAUUAUCGCGUGGUGACCCCCUAUGAGACCGUAGGGGGUUAGUAAGUUUCAUAGAGGGUUUGUGACGCGGUAAUGGUGACGUCAUCUAUUAAUAUUGUUGUGUUUCGUUGUUUAUUUUACAACAAAACGCAGCAGAAAAAGUCUAGCGUGCCAUAAAUUUGUUAUACGGUUAACUACUGACCCCCUACGGAUCCAUAAAGGGUGAAUAAAAUCCAUGUGGGACUUGGCCUCCAGCCUCACCCCCUAUGGAUUUUACUUACCCUCUAUGAAUCUGUAGGGGGUCAGUAACGAACCAUAUAACUUAUAUUGGAAUGUUGGGCAUUUACCACAUAACUGUUGCAAAUAAUGAUAUACAGAUUGUGACCAAUAUUUUUGCAAGUGGUUAGUUCAUUUAAUAUGUUUGCUUAGAGCUAUUUAACUUUAAUUCUGAUACCACUUCAAAGAAUUUUUAUUAUGAGGCAUUACAUUCUGUGUUCAUAUAGAAGUGCAGACAAAUCAAUGAGUUGUGUGCUUUUUAAUUUUUUGUUAAAUACUGUAUACAGUAUUUGAAAUAAAAAAUUGAAUAAAGUCAGAGAGAAAUAGUAUUUUUUAUUUUAAUUUCUAAAGAAAUAAAAGGAUGAUCCUAGCAUUGUUUUUAGAUUGGUUUUAGAUAAUAGGAACAUGUUGACAUGGACCCUGUGAAUUUUAUAACAUUAUAUAAAUAUAUAUAUAAAUGAUUUUUAAAAUGAUCUUGACAAUGCUUUUAGUGAUUGAAUAAUUGAAUUGUGUGAAUUAUAUUCCUUUGCUCAACCAUGCCCAGUAUUUAGUGUUAGUAAAUACAAAUGUAUAAAACAAAGUUGUCUCAUAUACAUUGAUAUAGAAAAUACAACAAAGGAGAUAAACAGAUCAUCCAUUUAGUCCCAACUUAUCAAUUUGUUAUUAGCCUGAAUAUGCAUGCCUUAUUCUCCACUAUAUUUCACCACUUAAAAAAUACAAGUGUAAUUUUCUUCCAUUUCAUAGAGUUUUUCAAAGUAGUAUUUCGCUUCCAAGCCUUUUUUAAAAAUCUAUUUAGAACGACUCAGUUGUUAACAGUUUCAUAGGUAGUAAAUUUAUUUUUUAAUAUUUUCUAAUUAAAUUUCUACCUUUGAAGUAAUUUAUUUGUUGUCCCAUAAGGCAAUCUUUCUGCAACAGUUUUUAGGAAUUAUACAAUUAUUUUUCAUAAGAUGCUCAAUCAUGUUUAGAAAGUGAUUACUUGUUAUGCAGUUUUGUAUAAAUAAUUAUUUGUACAUAUUGAUGUACUUUGAGGUUCCUAUUUGGUGAAUAAUUUAUACUAUAUACAUGUAUCUAGUUUUAGAAUCUUCAUAUGACAUUAUAUUUUUUUGUUUGACCAAUUAUUUGUAAUUGCAAGGCAAUUCAUUUUUAUCAUGUAUUAUUAAGCUUUUAUAUAUUAUGAAGUUUAACAUUGUUAUCAAUAAAACUGUUUAUUUGA